UGAGCUGCUCUGAAGCUGCUGGAAAGUGACUGCCACAUCAAAGGGACUGCGAGUUAAAACCACAGAUUCGUCCGGUAUUAGCCAAGAACAAACCCGACCCGCGCUGCGCUGGAUAUUUGUAUUGAUCUCAGGAAUACGAGAACUGGCGUAGCCGAACUGUUUGAGGCGCUUGCAACACUUGUUUCGGUGUCCUGUCUUUCAUCUGUGAAGGAGGUGUUCACCCACCAGGUAUCUGUAUGAGUGAGGCUACCUACGGCAAUGGAACCCUGGCCUGCAGUGGCCUGGGUCCUGCUUUUGAGCCAAAUUGCUGAUUGGCUAAAAGGAGUACACUGUCGGGACUUUACUGUAAAGGACAUCAUUUACCUUCAUCCAUCUACCACACCCUAUCCAGGGGGAUUCAAGUGUUUUACUUGUGAAAACGCCUCAGACAAUUAUGAGUGCAACCGAUGGGCCCCAGACUUCUACUGCCCAAGAGAAACAAGAUAUUGUUUUACACUCCAUAAAAUGGAUUCUCAAGGGGAGAGUAUAUCAGUUACUAAGCGGUGUGUACCUCUGGAAGAAUGCUUGUCAACUGGAUGCACUCCCAUAGAUCAUAUGGGACACAAGGUGUGCACUUCUUGCUGUGAAGGGAACAUCUGCAACCUGCCGGUGCCAAGAAAUUUAACGGAUGCGGUCUUUGCCACCACAUCGCCUUUGAACAGAACAAAUAAACUUAUACACUCUGGUGUACUUGUACUCUCCUGCAUGACCUUUAUGAUGUCAGUCCUUGUCUAGUGCCCAGGUUAAGAAGAUUUCUGCAAGAAAAAAUAAUAACCUUGCCCUUUUCAGUAAUCUGAUUUUUUUUUAAUGUCAUGUAGCAGUUUAAUAUCAGUAUUGACAAAAAAAUGUGACAAUGACAAUACAGUGAAAGAUGUCUGGGGUAUCGACACUUGGUCAGUCUGUAAAUUUGUGACAUGUAAUAAUAACUUUUAUAUCACCACAUUUAUACAUUCUCAAUUUUUACCAGCACCGGCACUGUCACAGGCCCUAUUGAAAACUAAUUAGUUGUACGUUGGCAUUUCAGCAGUCAUCCAGGGUAUUGAUUCAGCAACACCGUCAAGGGUACGGUCGAUACAAAGCCACAUCACCGUGAACUUACCAAAAAGUAACCCACAGUUUCCAACCAAGAGAUGAAUCUCGAUGCAGUUCAGUCCCCCCUGAAAUGCGGACAUAGCCACAUAUUUUCUCGUAGACCUUGAGAUGGUGCUGUCAAGAGAGAUCUAUUAAUUUAUAGUGUCAGAUUCUUAUGACUUCAUAGAUAGCCGAACUCUAUUUAACAUCUUGCAGCCCCAGAGAUUUCUUUCAUGACUGUAGAGUUUUUUUGUUUUUAAAUCCGCAAACAUGAAAAGAUUACAUGAUAUGUUGGUGCCUUGGUAAAUGAAGAAAUGUGCUGUAUCUUCUUGUUAACAGCCAUAGAAUCCAAGACGUGCCAACUGCAGAGGCGACGGAGGUUUGAAUGUGACCAAGAGGCGCAUAAUACAGAUUCCAGUAGACAACAGUGAGUGGAAGGAAAGCCAUUCAUUAAUACAGUGAAAUGAUUGAUAUAUUAGUUUCAAUUGUCGCAUAGCAGUGGAAGUUUUAAUUGCAAAUAUUUAAAAUGCUGACUGGUUAUCUGGAGCGCAAAUGUUGCAGUGGCUGCUCUUCAAAUGAUCACCGUGAGCCGCUGCAUGCCGAGUCUCAACAGGCACAAGCAAGGCUACUAAAUUUACUGGAAUGCCUCCAAAUGUAAAGUGUUAGAUUUAUUUUAUGUGUAUCAUAAGUUGUAAAUAUUUUCAUUGUAUUUCAUCUGUACAGCUUAUAAAGUAUUUAUUUUUGUAACAUACAUUUAUACUAAAAAAUUAAAAAAUAUUGGUAAUUUAAAAUCCUGAGGACGUAGUGGCUGGCUCUUUACUCUGCUCUGUUGCAGCAGUUUUUUUAAGACUUCCUACUGUCACACUCGGAAAUAAGGAUAUGAUUUCUCAAAGGAAAAAAGAAUGAAGCGCUUUGUACCGUGACAACGAGAGUCGCUCACUGACUGGUCCCGUUGUAUCCGCUUUAUGGGAGAACUUUCCCUUAAGUUUUCUUAUAUUUGCACUAACAUGUAAAAUUAUACUGAUGUGGUAUCAAAAAAAAAUCUGAUUUUGAGAUGCCUAGAUAGAGUAGUAUUUCCAUUCCCCUAUAUUAAUUUAGAAUAUUAGUUAUUUUAUUUGAAUAAGAAGAAGUAAAAAUAAGAAGGCUUUGCUGAGUCAUGGCAGUAUUCUGUUGUAAAUAUGACAGCCAUGGCUCAGUCGUCCUUCUCUCCCUCCUGUCUCUUUCUCUCUGGUUUUUUUUUAACUUUGUAAUUGACAAAUUGAACAUCAGUUGUACCACACGCCAUGUCUCUCUAAGUUAUAUUUAUGUAAAUUUUGUACAGACUGUAAAGGACACCAUUGUUCAUAUUAAACCAUUUUUAAAAGAAACUAAAGAA